UUUUGUCCCGACAAGGCAUAUAUUUCCUUGCUGGAUAUAUAGUUGCAGUCAAGAUGGUAGAUAUUUUGUUUGAUGAUAUUAUUAAAGUUGACCGACUAGAUCCAGAUGGUAAAAAAUAUGACAAAGAUAAAUGCCUCUUCAGUUUCUCGGAUUGAAGCAAGGAGUGAGGAGUAUGGUAUGGAGAUGCAGCUAGAUGUGCAUACAGAAAUAUAUCCAGUUCAUGUUGGGGAAAAGUAUAGGAUGGCAUUGGCUCCUUCUUUAAAUUUGGAUGGAACAGCUGUCACCAGCUAUUUUCCCGAGGGUGGCUCAAAAUCACUUGCUGACAAAUUUGAGUAUGUCAUGCAUGGGCUGUUAUACAAGAUGUCAGAGGAUGCAUCGGGAUCUAAUGCUAAAGUGGUUGUAUACAUGUCUUUUGGUGGACUCCAACUGAUGCUGAAGGGUGAUCCGGUCAACAUGGGUAACUUUAAGCUUGAUCAGAGGUUAUUUCUGCUUAUGAGAAAAAUGUAAGAUGAAUCUGAAGGUCCCAAUGAGUUUACUUAUCUUGUGAAUGACUCAGGUUCCAAGUCGUGGCUAUCUUUAAACUGUUUGCUUUCACCCCAACAUUACAGUUGAUAUUUGCUUUUAUCCUGUUUUUUCUA